AUGACCACAUCAAAUCUCAAUUCUACUCAAAUUAUCGAUCGUUGUAGUACGGUUUCGACAGCAACUAUAUUAAAUGAACAAGUCUUAGCACAACAACUUGUUCAAUUAUCUCCUUUUGAAAACAAACAAAAGAAGCAACAAUCGAAAACAGUUACAGUCCAACCAAAAACAACUAAAUGUCCAAUAGAAUUCAUUCUAUUGAAAACAACUGGCAGUGAUUUUCAAUCAACAUCUGACUAUCUUUGUGCAGAAAAUCCAUCGUUUGAAAAAAAACUUCGAACCAUCUUACCAUCAACGAUCAAUUUGGAUGACUUGAGAGAUAUUGCUAUUCUCAUGCAUAAAAUUAUAUCCAUUGAAAUUGUACAAUCUCUUUGGAUCAUCUAUCGAAAAUCAGGCAUAGGAGAACUUCAAUCCAAAGUAUCUACACAUCUAUCAGAUACUAAAUUUUGGCCAAAAGAAGUUCAUUUAUUCAUGAAACAAUUUGAAAUUGAUCAUAUCCAUGUAGAUAGUGCUUGUUUAACUUUCAUCAAUCAAUGUAUACAAGAAUUCAACACUAAAAGUGAACACUAUCGACGUGAAUUAAAUAUUAAAACAAGUCGUCUAUCUGGUUAUAACCGUAGUAUCGAAUAUACUAUUGAAAAGUUUGUACAACAAGGACUUCAAUCGUUACGUAUAGAAAUCAAUGAACAAAUUGCACUAGUUCAAUAUCAUUAUACUAAUAAAAUAUUUCAACAACUUUAUCUUGCUCAGAAUCCUAGUAAGAAUCAAAUACAAUUAAUGAAACAUUUAUGUAAACUCAAAUAUGAUCAAGAAAUGACAAAACAUGAAGUCAAUUUUUUGAAAGAAAAAAUUUCUUCACAUCUAACUUCACAAUCAUUUGAACGUGAAUCUAUAGCAAAAUCACCAUGGAUCGAUCGUAUUCAUGUGUCAAAACCUAGACAAGAAUUAUACCAACAAUACAAGAAAGUAGCCGAAGAAGCACGAAGUAAUAUCAUGACCGCUUAUAUAGAAUGUGCUGAAGGACAAAAACAACAUUGCCAACAACAAUAUGAUUUGGCAGUAAAAGAAAUACGAGAUACUCAACAAACACUACCAUCCAAUCAAUCAUUAACGGAAGCGAUGCGGAAUCUAAUUCAAUCACAUUUAGCCAAUAUUAGCAAACACGUCGAUUGUAUCUACAAGUUAAAAACACAACUAUUUCACCUCAAAUCGAAAAUUCAAUAA